AUGACUUCAUUACCAAAGAAGAACCAAGUUAUUCUCCUUGAACAGACCGGAGAGUCCGUCGAUGUUCUCAAGUUCACCGAAGUGGACACUCCAGAGAUCACUUCGCCCCAUGACAUUAUCGUCAAGAACAAAUUUGCUGGUGUGAACUUCAUCGAAGCUUACUUCAGAAAGGGCAUCUACCCAGUAGAACUUCCUUCUGUUUUGGGCCGUGAAGCUUCUGGUGUCGUUGCUGCAGUCGGUACCGAAGUUAAGAACUUCAAGGUCGGCGACAAAGUCGCCUACCUCAGUGGUGCCACUUUUGCUCAGUACUCGAAGAUCAACGACAGCAACCAUCGUGUGCUCAAGCUCCCAGAAUCAUUGUCUGACGAUAGCUUGAAGAUCUAUGGUUCUGCUUUAGUUCAGGGAUUAACUGCAAUUACUUUCAUCUCCGAAGCUCACAAUGUUCAGAAGGGCGAAUACGUUUUGGUAUGGGCUGCUGCUGGAGGUGUUGGUAGAUUCUUGGUGCAAUUGAUCAAGGAAAGAGGUGCACACGUCAUUGCUGUGGCUUCUAGUGCCGAAAAGCUUCAGAUUGCCAAAGACUUGGGAGCUGAAUACACUAUCAACUACACCAACGAAGAUGUCGCUGCCAAGGUCAACGAGAUUACCAAAGGUGAAGGUGUUGCAGCCGUUCUUGACUCUGUUGGAAAGGACACUUUCGAGACUUCGUUAGCCUCUCUUGGCAGAAAGGGAACCUUCAUUAGUUAUGGUAACUCUUCUGGUACUGUCCCUCCAUUGGCAAUCAACAGGUUGUCGGCCAAGAACAUUACUAUCUCCAGACCACAAGUCUUUGGAUACACCGCCACUCCAGCGGAAUGGGAAAAGUACACCAGGGAAUUGUUCUCCAAGAUUGAGACAGGUGCCCUUAAGAUCGAACUCCACUCAGCUCCUUUCCUGGACUACAAGAAGGUCGCUACUGACUUGGAAUCCAGAAAGACCACCGGUAAGUACGUCUUGGAAAUCCCACAGUAGACUCUUUAAGUGAAUAGCGUGAUAUUCUACAUAGUGUAUUUAUGUUAGAGUUAAUAAUUCAAUUGUCCUAUCAUAUGGUAACUGUGAUCUCCUCUAC